CCGCAGACUAAUUUAACCCUUGUUAAGACCAGUCUCUCCCCCUCCCAUAUUCCUUCUCCUUCUCGUCCCAAUUCAUGUUCUUUGUACAUAUGAAAACUUGCAGAGAAAGCAAAGAAGGAUUAGGGAGUGAGACUAACAAGAAAUACUAAGAGAAAAUUAGGUUAAAAGAUAAAAAUGGAUUGCUUAUGUUGUUGGUCUGUCUCGAAACCUUUGUAUCUCCUCCUCUUCUUUUACUUCUUUUCUUGCACUGCCAAAGCAGCUUUCAAUCUCUCCACCAUCUCCUUUGAUGAAGGUUACAGCCCUCUCUUUGGCGAUGGCAAUCUUGUUCGCUCUCCUGAUGGUAGAAGCGCCCGCCUCCUCCUUGAUCGCUUCACAGGUGCGGGUUUUAUUUCAUCCAGGAUGUAUAAAUAUGGAUUCUUUAGUGCGAAUAUCAAGUUACCAGGCUAUUACACGGCCGGUCUCUGUGUUGCCUUUUAUACAUCAAACGGGGACGUGUUCAAGAAGACCCAUGAUGAAUUAGACAUUGAAUUCCUGGGAAACACCAAAGGGGAGCCAUGGAGGUUCCAAACAAACUUGUAUGGUAAUGGAAGCACAAGUCAUGGCAGAGAAGAAAGAUAUCGAUUGUGGUUUGACCCCUCCAAAGAGUUCCAUAGGUAUAGCAUUCUAUGGACGGCAAAGAACAUCAUAUUCUACAUUGACGAUGUUCCCAUUCGAGAGGUGAUUCGCAAUGAAGAAAUGGGCAGCGAUUACCCAUCGAAGCCAAUGUCCUUGUAUGCUACGAUAUGGGAUGCGUCGAAUUGGGCAACUUCUGGUGGGAAAUACAAGGUCAAUUAUAAGUAUGCACCAUUUGUGUCCGAAUUUAAGGACUUGGCUCUCGAGGGCUGCCCUUCUGACCCCAUCGAGGAAUUUCCUUCAUUUGAUUGCUAUGAGAGUGAUAUUGCUAGGCUCGAGAAUGCCGAUUAUGCCACGAUCACGCGGAGGCAACGUUCGGCAAUGCGGCGAUUUCGCCAACGUUACAUGUAUUAUUCUUAUUGCUAUGAUGCAUUAAGGUAUCCUGUGCCACUACCAGAAUGUGUUAUAAUUCCAUCAGAGAAGGAGAGAUUCAGGGACACUGGCAGAUUGAAAUUCGGUGGCAGCCAUCAAGGUGGCAAACGCCGUUCAAGGCGCCGAGGCCGAGGCCGAGUUCAAGCUUCUAAUUUAGAAUAUGAUCCGGAUAUGUGAUACCAAUGCAAUUCGUUCAUUUGUAAACUAUUUUGUAUGGGGUUUGCAUUUUUUAUUUUUUUUAAUCUUUGUUUUUAUAUAUAGAGAGAGAAGAAUUUAAUAAUCUAAUUUCGUGAUUAUAUUAUUGCA